AUGCUGCGCGCCCUGCUUCUCCUGCCCGGCCUGCUGGGGGCCGCGGCCGGCCCCCCCCUCCCCGGCCCCCCGGACUGCGCCCGGGGCGCCCAGGUGUGGUGCCGGGACCUGCAGGCGGCGGCCGCGUGCGGCGCGGUGGAGCACUGCCGGAGGGCCGUCUGGAGCCAGCCCGCCGCCCGGUCCCUGCCCUGCACCGUGUGCCAGGACGUGGCGGCGGCCGCGGGCGACGGGCUGAACCCCGACGCCACCGAGUCCGACGUGCUGGCGUCCGUGAGGAGGACCUGCGCCUGGCUGCCGGACCCCGCGCCCGCCGCCCGCUGCCGGGCGCUGGUGGACGCCCACGGGCCGGCCGUGCUGGCCCUGCUGGCGGGGAGCCGGGACGGGGCCCCCGCGGAGGUCUGCGCGUCCCUCGCGCUGUGCGAGCCCCUGCAGCGGACGCUGGCCGCCCCGGGGGCCCCGCUGACCCCCGAGGCCGCCUCCCAGGCGGUGGCCCCCUUCCUGGCCAAAGGCGCCCUGAGCUUCCGCCCGCCGCCCCCCGCCGGGGGGGCCGUGUGCGCCGACUGCCUGCGGCUCGUCUCCCGGCUGCAGGCCGCGCUGGAAGCCAACCGGAGCCUGGCGGAGCUGAGCGCCCAGGGCCAGUGCGACGCGCUGGGGCCGGGCCUGAGGGCCGUGUGCCAGCGCUACCUGGGCCGGCUCCUCCUCCCCGAGGAGCGGCGGCUGCGGCUCCUGCCCCCGCGGGCCGUCUGCGGGGCGGGGGGCUUCUGCGAGGCGCGGCCCGGCCCCGCGCGCUGGCCGGUGCACAUGGCCGCCGCGGACGGGGUGCCCUCGCUGGAGCCGGCGCCGCCCGCCCGGAACGGGCUGCAGAUGGAGUCGGGCCUGACGUGCGAGGUGUGCCUGGACGUGAUGCAGCAGGUGGACCGCUGGCUGGAGAGGAACAGCACGGAGGCCCUCAUCAGCCACGCCCUGGAGCGCGUGUGCGCCAUGCUGCCCGCCUCCGUGCUGCGGCAGUGCGUCGCCCUGGUGGACCAGUACAGCCCCUCCCUGGUGGAGCUCCUCGCCCGGGUCACCCCCGAGAAGGUGUGCGACACCCUCCGCCUGUGCCGCGGCGGGAGGCGGGCCCGCUCCCUGCCCCGGGCCCCCGAGACGGCGCCCUCCCCCCCGCCGCCGCCGGACGGGGAGGACGAGGGCAGCUUCUGCUCCACCUGCAAGAACCUGCUGGGCGUCUCCACGCGCAACCUGGACAGGAGGGCCACCAAGCGGGACAUCCUGAACGCCUUCAAGGGCGGCUGCAGCAUCCUGCCGGUGCCCUACCUCGUCCAGUGCAACCACUUCGUCGUCCAGUACCAGCCGGUGGUCAUCGAGAGCCUCAAGUUCCUCAUGGACCCCACCGUGGUGUGCAGGAAGAUCGGGGCCUGCCACGGCUCGCGGGCCCCGCUGCUGGGCUCCGACCAGUGCGUGCUGGGCCCCAGCUUCUGGUGCAAGAGCGAGGAGGCGGCCGAGCUGUGCGACGCCCUGCAGCACUGCCGGCGCUUCGUGUGGAAGGUGGCGCCCUCCCCCGCCGGCGAGCAGCCCUGACCCCGCGCCGCC